AUGCAUUUUAAUGGAUGCUACCGGAAAGGGGGAAUUGACGAUCGACUCCCCUCCUCCAAAACGCCGAGGUUCCUUCAUGUCAUCGAUAGGAAAAACCCUGCUCUCCUAUGGCCAGCGCUGGUCGAAAAGGCGUACUUGAAGGUUAGAGGAGGCUAUGAUUUCCCUGGAAGUAAUUCUGGGACGGAUCUUUGGAUCCUCACCGGCUGGAUUCCGGAACAAAUAUUUUUACAUGAUGAGGAUGUCAUCCCUGAUCAGCUGUGGAAAAGGUUGUUUAAUGCAUUUAACUACGGUGAUGUAUUAAUCACUGUUGGUACGGGAUCAUUAACUGAACGGGAAGAAGAGGAACUUGGACUUGUGAGCGUGCAUGACUAUGCAAUACUUGAUAUGCAGGAAGUUAACGGCCGUCGCCAAUUCCUCGUUAAGAAUCCCUGGGCAGCUGGCUCUAUUUGGAAAGGGAUUGGACAAUCCCACCCUCCUGUUCCUGCUGAAGGCGACGGAGAAAAUAACGCCGACCGGCAGCAAUCUCAUCGGACACUCUCCCCAGGAACAUUCUGGACAGAUUGUGACAAAUUGCUUCAGAAUUUCGAAAACUUAUACUUAAAUUGGAACCCGACGCUCUUUUCCUACCGACAGGAUAUCCAUUUUACUUGGGAUCUUUCUUCUGCCAGUUCCGUUCCCGGCUACCUAGCUAGAAAUCCACAGUUUGCGGUAGGCUCCAAAGCGGGAGGCUCUGUUUGGCUCCUGCUAAGUCGACAUUUCCAUUCUGGCGACUACAUCGGAACUCGGAAUAAACUUAUAGACGUUUCCUGUGAAAAUAAUGAACCUGGCUUUAUUAGCCUCUACGUUUUCAAAAAGGAUGGCCAGAGAACCUGUGUGAGCGAUGGUCUUUCCGCCGGGGCCCAACAGUCCUUGCCGAGGGUGAGCCAGAAUUUCUCUUUAUCGGGAUUCUCUACGGCUCCCCUAUCUAUUUCACACGCUACGGAGGAAUACGGGCAUGUUAGAAAGUUACCUGCUGCAUGGACAACAUCAACAGCUGGAGGCAACACAGACUCGGCAAGGUAUCCGACAAAUCCACAGUUUAGGAUCGAUAUCUUAGAGCCCUGCAAUAUUUCUGUCAUACUUGAGACUGAAGACCCCGAACUAGCUGCGCACGUCAAGCGGAGAUUACCGCCGGGCUGCGCCUUUGCUGAACAUUUCGGCCUAACCAACGGCUCAUUUACCGCUGUGUGCUCCACGUUUGCGCCCAACCAGCCUGGAAAGUUUACCCUGUUGAUCAAAACGACCAAGCCAUGCAUCGUAAAGCCACUCCCUGCCGAGGGAGCUGGGCAGUUGAGCAUAGUGUCCGACAUUGGCAUAUUCCCACCGGGCACGAAUAAGAUUCUUGCACCCAUUACCACUUCCCGACUGGCCAGAAUCACUGCCAUUGUGAGGCAUAAGGGCUCGUGGACGGGAACCCGAAGUGUCGCCCCGUCUCCGAUUCUAAUGACCCUUGAGCUAGGACAGGGCCCGUAUAAGGGUAUACUCUCAUCAUCUGGCGAUGGAAGCUUUAGCAAUGCUGUCAGUGGGAUACGCAUCGAGGACUUCGAUUUGCAGCCGGAUUUCGAACAGCGGGGGGGUCUGUGGCUUGUUGUGGAGCGGGUUGGGGGUCUUGGGAGCCAGGUGCAUGAUACGAUUGAGCUGGAGAUUUUGUCCGAGGAGAGGGUUGCAAUUGGCCCGUGGGGAACUGGUGGUGGCUAA